ACAAGCAGUUAGGCUUCAAUACAAGCAAGGCAGCUCCUCUAGCUAGUUCUUACGUGUGUACAAUAUAUGUGCAGCAGUUCAUCACCUAGCUGCUCGGGCAUCCUGUUUGUUUGAUCGGAGAGCUACCUACUCGAUCGCACCACUUGAAAUUGCAGCCAAGGCCUUGUAGCACACCCAAGCUAGCAGAGCAUUUGGUAUUUGAAUCGGGAGGAACUAUGGUGCUGGACAAGGAGGUGAAGAGGAGCAGGGUCCUGGUAAUUGGUGGCACAGGUCACAUCGGCAAGCAUAUCGUUGCUGCGAGUGUCCGCCACGGCCACCCGACCUCUGUCCUCGUCAGGGAUGCUGCACCGGCUGAUCUGGCCAAGGCGCAGCUCCUCAAGAGCUUCAUUGAUUCCGGUGUUGCUCUCAUCAAGGGAGAUUUAUUUGACCACGACAGCCUCGUAAACGCCAUCAAGGAUGCAGAUGUCGUGAUCUCGGCCGUGGGGACCCGUCAGCUCGACGAGCAGAGGAGGAUUGUCAUGGCCAUCAAGGAGGCCGGCAAUGUCAUCAAGAGGUUCCUACCAUCUGAGUUCGGCUCUGACCCAGAGCGGGUUCACACCGUGGAUCCAGCGGCCACACUGUACGCUGGUAAAGUCAGCCUUCGCCGUCUGAUAGAGGCGGAGGGUAUACCUCAUACAUAUGUCUGCUGCAACGGGUUCGCCGAAACCUACCUUCUGAGCAUCGGCGAUGUUACGGCUGUUGGCGCUGGUCCUCCGGCCGACAAGAUCACUGUCCUAGGCGAUGGAGAUGCAAAAGGGGUGUUUGUGGUGGAAGAGGACAUAGCUGCCUACACGGUGAGAGCGAUUGACGAUACGAGGACCCUGAACAAGAUCCUGUACAUGAGGCCGUCGGCGAACAUCGUGUCCCACAACGAGCUCAUCGCACUGUGGGAGAAGAAAGCGGGAAGGACUUUCCAGCAGAUCGCUCGCAUCCCAGAGGCGGAUCUCCUCAAGUUGAUCAAGGAGGCGGCAUACCCUCUCAACAUGAUGCUGUCCCACUCGCUCUCCGUCUUCGUGAGGGGCGACCAAGCCAACUUCGACAUCGAGCCGUCCUUUGGUGUCGAGGCCACCGAGCUGUACCCUGACGUUAAGUACACCACCGUCGACGAGUACCUGGACCGCCUCCUCUGACAGUUCUUGGCUGGAUGGAGUGUCAACCCUGACAAGAGCUGAUGUCCACAAUAAAGAUGAUGGAGCAGUGGCCUCUCCAAAUCCAAUGAUGUGUGUGCAAAUUCACCAGAAAGAAAAGAAGAACCUCUGCGUGCCUUGCUAAAAAAAACAUGAUUUGUGUCCGUGUACGGUACGUAUACGGAACAGUCACCGAAUAAGAUUGAUUUGUAUAUGAAUAUGGAUUAAAUUCACCCGAUUGAUUUUCACGGACGUAAAACGCCUCUGACGCGCGCCACGCGUCCCUGCGGGUCACUCACUCCUUAUCCUUACUAGUAGAAGGCCCGUGUGUUGCUACGGGCUAUAAUUCAUAUAAAUGAUUCAAACAAAUGAAAUCAUCUCCAAGAUCAAAGCUCAUUUCUACCUUAUACAUCCGGGCGUGUUCGGACAUCAAACGGGAGCCCGUCGUGGUGAUUGCCUGCUCACCGCUGGUGCUGAUCGCUCGAGGUCGCCCCUCCCGCUUACUGCCCUUGAACUGGCCGAACAAGACAUGCCUGGAGCUAGUUAUGUACGAGAUCCUUAUACUGUUAUACAGUAGCUAAUUAUACAUAGCUUCAAUUGGGCAUUUGUUCUUUCGGCAAAUUUUUGUGGUAUAAUCUUGAGUUGUGGACAUGCUUUGUUACUAUGAUGAAAGCAAGAUCAAUGUAUAUCAGCGAGAACUUUUGUAAUUCUGUAUAAACGUAUGAAAUUAUGUGAUUUGGAAUCA